AUCAGGCCUUUUGGGGAAGCCCAAAGCAAGACCAUGAGAACUUAUGCUCAAAGUGGACAAUAUCAUACCAUUACAAAGAGUCGCGUUCGUCUAACAUUUACUACCCUAACUCAAAGUCAUGUUGUCAUGCUACCUAAUGAUAAUGAUCAUAGGAUAGUGCAAAAAUGUAUAAAUAUAUAUCCAUCUCAAUCGAGAGAUGUGAUACUACUCUAACUUAACUCGAUCUUAUAACUCUGUAGUGUAAGUUUUCUCGAACCGUCACUCAACUAUUGCUAUCUACGACGAACUGACCCUGUGACUAACACAUUUCAUGACAUGGUUGAGAGUGAAAUUUGAUACUCCUACAAAAUGGUUUUUUUUAUCAAAACGGAAGAAAAUGAGAAAAAAAUCCCAUCUGAUCUGACAUCUCUAAUAAUUACAUAAUCAAUCAAUCACGGAAUCUUUCUAUUUGAGUUUCCAAAUGAGAAUAUUUGAAAGAGAAAAAAAUCAGGACAAAUUGAAGCUAAAGGUCAACUUAAGGAAGAUAAACAGAGUACACAGCCCUCUCUUUAUUCCCCAUAACCCUUCAACAAUCUCCAUUGAUCAGCUUCAAUGGAUCAUUCCAUAGCAGAAAUGGUUCACUCCAUAAACCGACACCCUUUUCUUUGCUUUUCAUGUUCUUCUAAACCUAAACAUUUUCACUUUGUUGCAGAGUUGUGUUCUUAGUGCAAGUGUUCAAUGUGAAGCAUGCACAGCAAAAGUCCAAGAGAUUCUACAGAACAUCUAUGGUUUCUCUCUUUACCUCAUUGUUCUUCAUGUUCUUCAUUGUUCUUCAUUGUUCUUCAUUGUUCUUCAUUGUUUUUGAUUCCCAGGUAUUUACACCAUCACAAUGGAUUCAGAUGAUGGGUCAGUCAGAAUCUGUGGAAGAGUGAAUCCAAGAACAUUCCUGAAAGUGAUUGAAAAGUCAGGCAAACAUGCAGAGGUUAAAAGUAUAAGAUUUGACGGUGAAGCUGGAGAUAGAAGAUAUUACCCUUAUGGAGAUGAUCCCAUUCAUCAUCCUUACCAGAAUUCCCAAGAACAAUCUCGCUGGUUUGACACAGCUUACCCCCACCAACCACCGCUUCCGCCGCAGCCAUACCCUUGGCAGUUCAUGCUGCCACAGCCACAGCCACAGCCACAGCCACAGCCACAGCCACAGCCACAGCCACAGCCGCAGCCUGUCCCAUGGUCAAUGAUAGGGCCGGGCGGGCCACCUGGUAAUCCAGCCCCUGAGGAACCCAGCCAAGAUAAUAACAACAAUCAGAGAUGUUGUACAAUUAUGUGAGAGAGUAUGAAUGGACACUACAUUCAUAGCUUCACUUCCUUGUUUUCUUGAAGAACACACCAAAUUCUCCCUGUUUCUUUUACUAGAUUAUACUUGUUUUGCAAAGAAAAAUCAUGGACUCAGUAGAAAAGGGUGAUUAAUAUACCAUUAUAUGUAACUAGUUUUUUACAAGAUGCACCAAAAUCCCACCAAGAUCAGUACAUACAGCCAAACAAAGACACAGCUACUAAUAUCUCUGCAUCUUAAACUAACAUCACAUCC